AUGAGCAUUUCGAAGAAGAUUUUCGCUUAUUCAGUCAGGGGAAAGUGAGAUUUUUUUUUCUCCUUUUGAUCAAACCUUAUACGGAAUAAUUCAAAGUGGAAACUUUUUUUUUCACAUUUAUUUUUCAUAGUUAAUAUUCUUUGACGUUUUUACCUGAUGAAAUGAAUAAAAUUUGCCAGGUCAUGGUGGUCUCAUGUGGAAAUGGGGCCGCCGGAUGCGAUUCUCGGUGUAACUGAAGCGUACAAGGCCGACAAGAAUCCGAAGAAGAUCAACUUGGGUGUAGGUGCCUACCGAGAUGACCAGGUUGACCCUGCAGCGAGUUUUCCGGUUAACUUAACCUUCAGGGCAAACCUUUCGUUCUACCAUCAGUCAAGCAGGCUGAGCAACGCAUUCUGGGCGAAAAUUUGGACAAGGAGUACGCAGGAAUCACAGGUAUGAAGAAAAUUAAGUCUUUUUUUCAAAUCAUUGAGUAGGCAUCCCCGAAUUCACCAAGCAAUCGGCCAAGUUGGCGCUGGGAGCCGAUUCAGAAGUCAUCAAGUCGAAGCGCAUUUUCACUACUCAGAGCAUUUCUGGAACCGGAGCUCUGAGGAUUGGCUCCGAGUUUUUGGUGAGUUUUUUUUUGAACUCGUUCAGAUUCUCCAAUGUUUUUUGUAGGCCAAGUUCCACAAGGGAAAGCCGAUCUACCAGCCAACGCCGACUUGGGGAAACCAUGUUCCUGUUUUCAAGUGGGGCUUCAUUUUCAUAAUCUCGAUUUAUGAGCAACUUGAGAUCGGAUAACAGACCGAACAUAAAAAAUUUCGAUCAUUAACUUCAACUAUGAACUUUGAGUCAAUGUUUCCUGAGUCAAAAAAAACUUUUUAAGCACGUUCAGUGUAUCUGAUGAUACUCCGAAUGUUUCAAAAAUAAAUUCCUUUUUUUUCAUUCAACGGUUAAGAUUUUGUAAUUUUUUUUAGAAAACAGGGCACUCGAGAGGAUCUCCGUUUAGUGUACCAAAUAAUUUUCAGUCCGUUUCUUGAAAUUCACGACCAGAAAAAAUUAUUUCCCAUUUUUAGAAGCUCGUUCACUAUUUUUCGUAUGUUUAUACAUAGCAAAGCAAAAAAAAUUUUUUUAUAUAAGUUAUUCUACGAGUAAAAUACUUCCAUUUUAUCCUGAAACUUGAAAAUUUUAUUAAAAUUUUAAAAAAAAAGUGCCGACUAUCCGAAAUGAGUUUAAAUGCUGUUUUUAAAAAACUGUUUAUUGCAUCUUCAAUGUAAGAAUACAUGUGCAAUCGACUUUCAUUGAUUAUAACUGUGUUUAAACGGCAGCAGGAGCUGUGGCUUAGGCAGAGAUGUUGUGAAUUUCGCUCGUAGAACAUCAGGUACAAGUUUCAAUGCAAAACCCUGAAAUUUAAUUUCUCGAGUCCGAUAUUUUUUAGACUUCUUUAUUAAAAACUUUCAGAUUCGCUGGAGUUGAUGUCAAGAACUAUCGGUACUACGACAAGUCGACUUGCGGAUUCGACGAAGCUGGCGCUCUGGAAGACAUUUCCAAGAUUCCAGAAGGCUCCGUCAUUCUACUUCACGCCUGUGCUCACAACCCCACUGGUGUCGAUCCCACUGUAAAAACAUAAUUAGCCGAUAUCAACUCCUUUUUUUCUUUCAGAAAGAACAGUGGAAGAAAAUCUCCGAGGUGGUGAAAAAACGCGGACUUUUCGUCUUUUUCGACAUGGCGUACCAAGGAUUCGCUUCUGGAGACGUCGACCGCGACGCUUUUGCCGUUAGGUAAGUCACUUCUAUGAUAUAUCUUGGCGAAAAAAGGUUUGAAGUUAGUUUAUGUCUGGUCUACCGAUUCAAUUCAUGACUGUCGUUAGUGAAUAUAGGAGUUGACAUCAUCAGAGGAUUUUUGAGACUUUGAAAUUUUUUUCACCUUUUUUUCAUUAAAAAAAUUUUUUUUUGUAUCGGACUUGCGAUUUUACAUAACCUUUUUUUCUUUUUAAAGAUAAAUAAUUCCAAAUGGGCGAGAAAAACGUUGGAAAUCGCAGCAAUGUCUAUGCACAAAACCAAUUUUCAUUUUUUUAAAUUUAUUUCCUCAUUUUUCAUUUCUGAAACUGUCCGUCUUGAAAGAUGACCUUUAGAUAGAAUUUUUUUGAAACAUUCGACAACCAAACCUUAUUUAUUCAUUCUUGAGUAAGAUAGAUAUAUAAAUAAACUUUGGUCCAAUGGAAAUUAUUUUUAUGGUAAGCACCUGCCUUUUGCUGUCAUCUCGGAUGAAGUUGGACUUAAAAAAAAAGCUUAUAAUUUUGUGCAAUUUGAAGUAAAUAUUCGGAAAAGUCUCGAAUGUUUAGCGGAAAGUUUCAUAUACCUGCUUCACUCGAUUCUGUUGAAUUUGGUCGAUUGCUUACACCUUUAUGCCUACGAGUCUAAUGAGUGACUUGGGUUUGCAGGUACUUCUUGAAGGAAGGCCAUGACAUGGUGCUCGCACAGUCCUUCGCCAAGAACAUGGGUCUGUACGGAGAGCGCGUCGGCGCGUUUUCUGUCGUCUGUGCUGACGAAGACGAAGCGGCUCGAGUCGCCUCUCAGGUCAAGAUCCUCAUUCGACCGCUUUACUCCAAUCCGCCGAUUCAUGGCGCCAGAAUCGCCGCCCGAAUUCUCUCCGACGCAGACCUUCACAAGCAAUGGUAAGUCAACAUUUACCAUUUUUUGUGUUAUUAUCGAGACUCUUUUUAAUAAUUAAGCUACUGUCACAAGUGGUGUUUGAGUAUUUCCAUACAAAAAUUUCAGAUCCUUUCUUUAAGUGUACCUAAGAAAAAAGCUCCAACUCUCUGUUUUACCAAUCUAUUUUGCGAAAAUAGCUACAGUAUUGUUAUACUACCGUGUACGAAGUGAUUCCGCGAAAUCCAAUAUAGUCGUCAAAGAAAGAAAAAGAUAACUGAGUUUUAGAAAUUCAGAGAUAAUUUUGCCUAUCGCGUAAAUGACUUUGAACCCGGCAUAGGCGUUUUUCACAUUGAAAAAAUUACAAAAACAGCUGAAUGACGACGGCAGUGUAUUCAGUUGAAUUUAUAUUAUAGCUCCAUCCUUGCAGUUUUGAAAAUCUUUCUACUUGAUUUUUUUUUCUCGGGAAAAAAUGAAUUACUAUCGAGGAGAGAUACCGUGUAAAGUCUUCACUCACUUCUAGUUUGCCAUAGGCGGUUGCUCGAUAUUGCUUUAAAAUUUUUCGUUGUCCGCCUAGUCAAUUAAAUCCUUCAUUAUUGAUUUAUGAUUUCAAAAAAUCGAGUUGAAAAACGUCAUAAAAGCUCAGAUCGCUCUAGAGAUAAAUUUUCGAGAAGCUGCAAGAACCAAAUGCUCAUAGCUAAAGAUAAAAAGUACCAGUUUCAGCUCGUAAGAAAAUCAUCCGUUCAGCGGAAUAAAAGCGAAAAAAUAGAAGGAAUUUUGUACCAACCAAAUAUAUUACUUCUACAUAAGCCUUCUCAGGUUUAUCAGUUAUGAUUGAGUGAAGUUUCAGCUUCAAUAUUUAAUAAUCAAGAUUUCAAUAUCAGCUUUAAUAAUUCUAUUCUCUGUCACGUUUCAAUGUUGUCAUAGUGCUUAUUUUUUUAAUGUUAAAAGAGUCCGCUACAAACAAGUAAUCGAGGAAGAAUCAUUCUUGUCUCAUAACUGAGUGUUUGAAACAGAGAAGUUCUUUAAAGGCUCGGAGACGUGAAAUUAAUGGCGGACCGAAUCAUCACGAUGCGCGAACAGCUCAAGAGUCUACUGGCUAAGGAAGGAUCCAGCCGUAACUGGGAACACAUCACGAACCAGAUUGGAAUGUUCUGCUUCACGGGAAUCAACCCUCAACAGGUUUCGCUUCUUUGCUUCGAUAUAAAGUUGCAGACCAUUCAUCUAAAAAUGAUAAUAAUCUUUUUUGUAGGGACUUAAUCAACGUGCUUUUUAAAAUCAAGGGUUUUUAGUUUCACAAAAAGCCAGCCGUGAAUCAGCUGUACUAAUCUUCACAUCGCCCCUUUCAAGUGAAGAAAAACUGACUUGAGUCGGGCUGCCACAGCGAAUGGACAUUUUCUAAGCUUAUGUUUUCGCUCAGGUGGAAAAGCUGAUCAAGGACUACUCUGUAUACCUGACGAAAGAUGGUCGCAUCUCCGUGGCUGGAAUCUCGUCGAACAACGUCGGCUACCUCGCACACGCUCUCCACCAAGUCACGAAAUAG